AUGGACACAGACACAGGCAUGCACCAAAACCAGCACAACAACCACCUCCACAACCAGCACAACAACCAACAGUUCAAAACCCUGCACAACAACCAACAGUUCAAAACCCUGCACAACAACCAACACAACAACCACCUCCACAACCAGCACAACAACCAACAGUUCAAAACCCAGCACAACAACCACAACAACAAACAGAGCAAGGACAUAAAAGAAGUAGAGAACAAGGAAACCAAGAUUUCUUAA